AUGUCGCUGUCGGCUAUAACGUCACCGACGUCGCCGUCGCCGUUCUCGCCGAGCACGAGCACGCCGUCCUCGUCGGCCGUGACGAUUCCGACGCCGGGACGGUCGAUCCUGAAGAAGCCGCCUCCUCCGACCCAAGGCUUCUUCUCGCGCAUCACCAAGCUGCUCCCGACGCAAACACCCCAGCAGCAGCCGGGAGACGAGGCAAAGUCACUCAAGCGCGCACACUUUAUAUUGCCGGAACUCGUGACCGUUUACCCGAUUUCUUCGGUCAACCCUCCAUCGACACCACUGUUGAAGGAUGAGAAACGCUCGAUCGAGCAGAGGGAAGCCGAAAGGAGGAGGAGAGUCACGCGCGGAAACUCUCAGUCUGGCACGGAUGCGGAUGACUUUUGGUCGAUGGAGAGGGUCGAUGUGUUUUAUCACGAAUGCUGCGCUAGCAGGGAAGAGCAGCCGAACUUGGAGUUGUCAAGGGCGUUCAGAAGCGCCUCCAGCGUCACUCCGCGGACGGUCGACUUUUCGGGAAUACAGUUGACGCCUUCAUUGGCAGCCACGUUGUCGGAUGUGUUGACGAUUGAGUGGGGACUGCGAAGAGUAACAUUCCGGGAAUGCGAUCUGGAUGAGAGGGUCCUCAAGCCAAUCCUGCAUGCACUCUUGAUACCGAACUCGUUAACAUUCCUUUCUGUCGCAUCCAAUCGCCGAUUGAAGGCACCGGCAUACCGACUCAUCGGCGCUUAUGUUCAGAAGGCGAAGUCACUGCAAUUCUUGGACUUGUCACAAAAUGCGCUGGACAAGAAGUCCGUGGAGUACGUUGCUGGAGCGCUGGCGCAAAUGCCGGAACAAGGCCUGGCUUCGUUGAAGUUGGAUGAUUGUCAGCUGAAGCCGCUAAGUCUUGAGGCCCUUGCCCAUCUUGUGAGGACCUCAUCCUUGAAGAACUUGUCUCUACGGCAUAACCGUAUCAACGCUACUGGGGCUGUCGCUGUUGCUCUCAUGAUUAGGGAUUAUCCAGACGUGGUCCCUGGAGGGGUAUCACCAGCCAACUCCACUCCAAAUACGCCGCCUAUGUCGCCGAAACCCGCACCUUCUCCUCUUCCAGGCCCGGCUCCGGCUUUACCGCCAGUACCUCCGCCUACGCGCACCGGACCGCUUCCCCCACCACCGAAGCAUCCAACGACUGUUCCACAAACGACAUAUACACCAUAUAUCCCACGGUCAAAGCGAUCUGCGGCAGCGGCACCAGUCACGAACCCACUCAGUCCAUCAGGCCAGCACGUACCUAUCAUCACUUCCUCCGCAACCGGAGGUGUUACUACGCGCCACCCGGUCCCAUCUACUCCUUCAUCUACCCAGCAUAACGCCAACGGUGCGCACCACCAUGGUCCUAGCGCUGCGCUCCUGGACAAAGUCCGGGCUUUGGAUAAUUUACCUCGUUUGGGCGCCUUACGGACGCUAGACCUCCGCGGGAAUGAUCUCCGCACCGGCGUCACGUACAUAGCGCAAGUGCUGAAACGCAAUAGAACACUACGAGUGCUCAACCUGAGUGAGAAUAAGCUUGGUGUACAGGAACUCGUGGCCAUUGCGGACGCUCUGAAAUACAACUCCUGCUUGGAAACGCUCGAUCUGACUCGCAACCCGUGCAGCGGACCCGGUCUAGAAGGGAUUCAGUCCCUUCGCACAGCGUUUACCCUGAACAACGCAUUGAAGCGCCUUUUCUUGUCAGCAACCGGAAUGACAUCGACCGGUGCGAUUGCACUCGCAGAGUUCCUGCCCGAAUCGACGUCGUUACUUCAUUUGGAUCUGACCGAGAACAAGCUUGAGCUCGCGGGUGUCAUGGCGCUCAGCCAGGGCCUGAAAGCCAAUCACACCAUGCGCUGCCUCGAUCUGAAUAUUCCGCCGAGCGACGAGAAGAUGGCCCAAAUGUGCCGAGCGAUCCUCGAGACCUGCGUCCGGAACACCGAAGAAGCCGAGAAGAGCGCGCAAUCGGGCAUCUCGACGCCUACCACCGGUCGCGGGCAAGGCAAAGGUCUGUGGACGAUGAUCGAGGAUAGCUCGCUCGCGCGCUCGAUCCGCAAGGAUGAUACUAAGAAGGUCCAUAUCCGUUCUCCAGUUUCUUCUCCGUCUCCUCUCACUUCCGCUCCCGCUCCUUUGGACACCAUGCUCACGACCGAGGCGCCGCUCUCUAUUUCUGCACCACAGGCCGGAUCCGACACCAUCGCUCAAGCACGGCAAAUUGUAUCAGAACUCGAAGCGAUACUCGCAAGGUCGCCGGGUAGCUCGUCUACGCCGUCCUCACCAAUUGUUGGAGGCGAAGAACAUCCAGAACUUGUGCUUCGCGCGCGUACUAUCCUCAAACCACUUGGCGGCGUGAUCUCGAAGGAAGAAGACCCGAUGAAGCUCGAAGAACUACUCGAGCUCAAUGACAACCUGACUUCGCUCGUCUCGCAGCUCAGCCCGCGCCCACAUCUUUCGCUUCAAGGCCUCGGCAUGUCCUUAGACCAAGCCAUGGCGUCCCCUAUCAUCAUGGCAGGACCCGACGGCGAGAUUCUCGGCCAAAACAGCAUACACAGCCGUAGCACCUCUUCCAAUGGCUCUGCGAACGGAAACAGCAACGGCGCAUCCCCCGUCAUUAGUGAUUCGGACAGCGAGGCGGAGGAGGAAGUAGGGACGCCGAGGGUGGACAAGGGCAAGGGCCGUGCGCCGCCCGAGCCAGAGGUACAUGAGCAGGCUAUCCAAGAGGGUCCCGUUGAGGAACCCGAGGGCGAUGAUGAACUCGCCCAAGAGGUGUAUGAGCCCAGCCCGCACGAUAUCUCUCGAUACUGGGUUGCCGAGGAGGGAGAGGUGUUCCGCAAGGGUCAGAAACUGCUCACGGAGGAAGAGAUGGAGGGCGACUAUGCUGGUGACGAGCUUCGUGUUGAGCUUCUGGAAGCAGAAGUCGAGCGGCCGCCUCCGCGCAUCAUGGUCGACGAGUUUGGUCAGACUAUCGAUGGAGGUGACCCUGUGGAAGUUCCUCCACCGUCUGCGCCUGUCCCGGAGCCAGAACCUUCGAAAUCCGCUCCUCGUCCAUAUAUCUCCCGUCGCUCCUCAAACGCCUCCAUUCGGAGCCAGGACUCGGGCAACUCCGUACCUGCAAGCCCAGCUACAGGCAAACCUCCCGCCAGUCCGUUGCUCGGUGGCGUACCCGAGAAUGGGAUUCUCGAUACGCCCACGAGCCCCACACCUGGAAACGGUGCUGCCGCGUUCGUGCGCUCCUAUGUGCCUCGGCGGAGGACGAGCAGUUCGUCGCUUUCGAGUGAACGAUGA